GGUGAGAAGCGAGAGCACUACCCGGACACAUUGUAGAUUUCAGAAUCUAUAAAAUGUUAAGAACAAUUAUUCUACUAUGUCAUUUGGGAGAGAAGAAUCAAAGGGAUCAGAGGAUUUAAAAUCUUUAAACAUGCCUUUCAAGAUUCGCAAGAAGUCGUUGCCUUCGGAUACUGGUCCAGCUAUGAGCAUCGGGACUCCCACACCCUUCACACACAACGUUCACGUCGGUUUUAACAUAACUACUGGAGAUUUCGAGGGGCUCCCACCAGCAUGGACUGCUCUACUUCAGUCCUCCAAUAUAUCGAAAGCUGACCAAGCAGCUAAUCCAGAGGCAGUUCUCAAUUCACUGCGGACCUUCACUAAUUCGAUCAAGAAAAAGCCAGGAGAGAGCAAGUUUAUGAAAGUUCAGGAGUCCAUUUCAGAAUCUGAUGAUGAUCUCGGUGAUAGCGAUGAAGAUGCCAAACGCAGCAGUAAAAAAAUAGAUGAGGAGAUGUCCCCUGUAUCCCAUGAAUCACCAGAAACUGGGGGUAACGCAAAUGUUGAGGAUAAGAUGAAUAAGGUCACCCUCAACAACGAAAAAGAUCACGGGUCUUCGGAUCACGAAAUCCAGCGGCGACCUAAAUCUCUGAAGAAAAACAUGUCGGACGACGAAAUCAACGAGGGCCUUCAGUCACUUGCUUCACCAGGUGAUCCUACAUCGAAGUACACCGUUUCGAAGCAACUUGGGGCGGGGGCAUCUGGUACUGUAUAUAUGGCAAUACCUAAAACAGGGGAUGCGGUACUAGCCAUAAAGUCUAUGGACCUUACCAAGCAACCCAAAAAAGAGCUGUUUAUAACGGAGAUUGAGGUCAUGAAAACCUACAGGCAUCAAAACAUUGUCAACUUCCUGGAUUGCUACUUGUUGUCAGAGAAAAAUGAAUUAUGGGUAGUGAUGGAAUACCUUGAUGGUGGUGCGCUGACUGAUGUUGUCACGGAAACCAUAAUGAAUGAAGGACAGAUUGCUGCUGUAACCCACGAGUGUCUGCAAGCUCUGAACUAUUUGCACUCAAAGGGUAUUAUACAUAGGGAUAUUAAAAGUGACAAUGUAUUAUUAGGAAUGAAUGGGUGUGUCAAGCUGACUGGUUUUGGCUUCUGUGCUCAGCUAAGUGGAGAUAACUCUAAACGACAGACGAUGGUAGGCACUCCAUACUGGAUGGCUCCGGAAGUCGUAUCAAGGAAACACUAUGGGAAAAAGGUGGAUGUUUGGUCUAUGGGAAUCAUGAUCAUUGAAAUGUUAGAAGGUGAGCCCCCAUAUUUGAAUGAGACCCCACUGAAGGCUGUCUACCGGAUAGCCACCAAGGGAAAACCGGAAAUUAAGAAUUUCGAAAAGCUGUCGAAAUUACUUCAGAAUUUCAUUGACCGGACAUUGGAAGUGGAGGUGGAUACAAGAGCAGACACUGAUGAACUCCUGCUGCACGAUUUCAUGAAAUGUGCGAAAGACCUCAAAACACUCAGGCCGUUAAUCGUAGCUGCUAAGCAAGCUACCGGGCACUAGUUUACGUAUAUGCAUAGAAGUACUAGUUAAUUUUUUGAAUUUUGACACCGAAGUAGGAAAUUUUGUACACAAAUUGAAAAGUGUGUAUGUUUAUCUAUGUGCAAGUGUACUGUGUGUGUCUGCAGUUGUGGAACUAUUACAGAAUUGUGUUUGUCUGCUUCUACGAAAGAGUUGGCAUGGUCCUUGUGUUAAUUCAUUGGUAUUAUAUAAAUGUAGUGUAACAAACAGGAUACAAAACUAUACCACAUGUAUUAAAAUGUAGCAAUAUUCAUGUGAAUUAAAAGAUAUAUAGCGCUU